UCACGCCAAUCGGCGUUUAGUGUUAACCGCUGUUUAAUUAAUAGUUUAGUUUAUUUAUUUAAUUAGUUUAGUGAAUUUAGUUUUAGUUUUUAUUUAUUUCCAUCGAAACGACAUCGAGAGGGCAACAUUACUCCACAUAUCAACCAUAGCGAAUCAGAUGAAUAAAAUGUUCCCGUUGUUGCUGGCCGUAUGUCUGACGUCACAACUCUCACAAUCCUGCGCAAGCGUCAUCACAAAUAAUGUCGUAGGCGACCAACAACUCAUGUUCGCUACAGUCGUUCACAGACACGGCGAGCGGACACCUGACGCUGAUGAGCUGUCCUUGGCUGAUGAUAAGGAGGUCUUGGAGAAUCUAACUCUAGUGGAAGGAUUAGAGGCAUUGACUAAUGUGGGAAAACGAAGAGCGUACCAGAUCGGCAAGUUCAUACGACAGCGGUACGGCUUCCAGGGUUUGAACCUGAUCUCGAACCUGUACCUUCAUGAUGAGAUCGCCAUCAGGAGUACCGACAAGGAGAGAACUAAGAUGACGGUCCAGGUGGCGAUGGCAGCAGCUUACCCACCAGAACCCGAGCAGCAGUGGGAUGAUGCCGUCGGCAAGGUGUGGCAACCCGUACCAUAUACCGCUGUACCCUUGACUGAAGAUUAUCUUCGCUACUACUCCAACUGCAAGCACUUCAAAUCCCUGAUGGCUCAGGCCAAGAAGGAGGCGUUGGAAAACGAGUUCCAGCAAUACAACGACCUGAUACCCAGGAUAUUGUGGAGGACUGGAAGAAACUUCACUGAGGACCCGCUCUGGUUUGAGACGCUUCACGACCUGUUCAGUAGCCAGGUCGGCUUGGGACUGGAUAUUCCGAAGUGGGCUGAGCCAAUCCUACCCAGGCUGAGCGAGGCUGCAAGAUUGGCUUACAAUCUAUACUUCAGGACUGAUGAAAUGGUCACGAUUGGAGGAGGCAUCCUUCUUAACACGUUUGUGGAGGCAGCAUCAGAGAUCUCCCAAGGCAGGCCUAUGAAGCAACGGUUACGGGUAUACUCGGCACAUGACUUCAACAUUGGAGCCCUGAUGGAGGCAGCAAGAGUGAAAAAUAACCAUAGUAUACCGGAGUAUGGCGCACUGUUCGCUUUGGAGCUGUACAGGUCCAGGAAUAGUGGGAAGUUCAGCGUGCUGCCGGUCUACCUUCCCAAAGCCGGGGCAUCUUCCCCCCAGACCUUCAACUUCAUCGACUGCGGGCCAUACUGUGACUUCCACAAGUUCAGACAGCUGACCAAGGCGUUCCUGCUAUCUGAGGAGGAGUAUUACAAAACCUGCAAGAUUAGAACCGAGCUGUAGACCUGGAUAAAGUAUUAUAAGGAGAAAUGUCUCGUCUUUUAACUUGUAUAUUUAUUUUAACUUUGUCGCAAAGACAAAGAUUAAUUAUUUGCAAAAACAUGAGAUUACAUUUUUACAAUGUAGUGUUAAAAGAAAAAUUUUAUCGUACAUGUUUCGUCCACGCGUAUGCAAAUUUAAAUGGAGAGCAUGCUAUCAUCCCACAAAACAUAGUCGAAUAUAUAAAUGCUAUGAGACUAUGACUAAUACAUACAAAAUACCUAUUCUAAACAGUUUUUAGUUCUUAUAUAAUAGGUACUUUGUAUGUAUUCGUUAUAUUAUAUAAUGAUCAAAAUGCAGACUAAACAUAAUAAUGUUUGUCAUAACAGAAGAUGGUGACCUUAUAGUUGUUAUCUAUUGGAUCGUGACAUAAAGAUGUUAUGUAACAUACAUUAAUAUUAAUUUUCUUGCUAAUUCGAGACAUUGUCCGUUUAAUUUUAAGAUUUCUUGUUUUGUUUUCAAAAUGUGAUUUUUUUUUUCACCUAAUAAGCACAGAACAAAUGCCACGCUGUUUAUUAUAUUAACAUAUUUGACGUUAACUCGACCUGUGUCCUAGGUGAACGAAAAAAGCAGCAAAUCAGUGCUGUACUGUAGCCCGAAGGUCCGUGCGCGACAAAAAGUAGCCUUUGUCACACCAGCUCUUCAACUAUAUCCAAACCAAAAAUAACGACAAUCCAAUGCUUCAUUUUUUGUUGACGACCUCUGUGGCCUAAUGAUCAUCAUGCCAGACUGCUAUGCUGGAGGUCCCGGGUUCGAUCCCCGGUCAGGUCAACAUAGAAAAUGAUAUUUUUCAGAUUGACCUGGGUCUUGGAUGUUUAUCUAUUUGUGUAUAUAUUAUACAAUAUAAUAUCGUUGAGUUAGUAUCCCAUAACACAAGUUUCGAACUUACUUUGGGGCUAGUUCAAUCUAUGUGAUUUGUUACUAUAUAAAUAUUUAAAUAUUUAAUAUUUAAAAUAUAAAUAUAUAUUUAAAAAAUAUUUGUCGUGAAAGCAGAAAAAACAUACACACUUUCACAGUUUAUAAGUAUGGGUAUAAUAUAAUAUGAUUAAGCUAGAUAAAAACUUAUCGGAUUUUUAACUGUUAAAUAUGAAGACGUCUACCCUUGAAAAUGACAACAAGGCUGAAAAUAUACAAAAUUCAUAUCUUCCCAGAUUGCCUGGCACAGAGCCAGUUAUGUUAAAAUGUUAGAACAUCCUGUGUACAUGCGUUCAGGCACGUGGAUAGAAUGAGAAUCUUGUAUUAAGUAUGUUGAUGAGAAAAUAUGGAAAAUCAUUAAAUAUGAUGUAUUUUAAGGGUGCAAGUGCAGUGCAACCCGACAUCCUAUGUGAGCGAUGAAUUGCUACACGAUUAGGGGCGACGCUGCUCUUCGUGUAUAACUAAAUAAAUAAGUGAUGACGGAUCCCAUGACCACUCUGCGUCGUGUUGCUUUGCCAUUUAAUGCGUCACCUAGGACACCGGAUAAGGCAAGGAACAAUAAAAGCAUUGAGCUUAGAAAAAGAAAAAAAAUGAUAUUUUUUACUCUAAUACUUAUUAAUAUGAUAGUAAAUUAAAAAUUGUACUUUUUUUUAUCGUAACUUGUGAUAUGUUAAGGUUAUGUACCUCAAAAAGAAGUAAAUUAAAUACAUAAUUAACAUAAAUUCUGUAUAGAUAACAUGAUAAAUUUUACAAUAAACUUUUUUUAGUAAAUAAUAAUUGUAUAAUAGUUACAACCCACUUCAAAAAAGUGGUUCUUAAAUCUGUUGUAAUUGUAGCGUUGUUGUCGAGGUGGAAUGAAACGAUCAUGUUUUGAUAACUGCUGUUCUGUGCUGUGUUAAUUAAGUUGAUAAUUUUAAGUUUUUAAAUGUCAUAAAUAUUGUUUUAUUACAAUAAUUUUUAAUUAAAGUCUUAUUUCUACAAUGGGUGUAAAUAAUAUAGUUUACUAGUACAAGAAAUCUAUAAAUAAUUUAAAUAAACUAUCUACUUAUAUUAUAUAUUACAUGAAAAAUAAUAAUUACAUGAUCAAUUAAUUUUCUUGAAUAAGCGUAAGAGAGUGGAUGGGGGCUUACUAUAAUCGUAUUGCAAUCCAGUCCAGGACCUAAACUGAUCUGCAUCGCAAAUUCGUACCAACAAUUUAAUUUUUAGUACGAAUGCGAUUCAUUUUAGGUUCUUAAAUUUAACUGAGAUGCAUUGGAAUCGUACGGUAAAAAUUGAUGUUUAUUAUGAUUAAAAAACCAAAGGCAAAAUUUCUACUUAUGUAUAUACUAGCUGCGCCCCUGGGCUUCGCUCUCGUUGGAAUUUCGGGAUAAAAAGUACUUUAAGUUUUAUAUCAAGUUAUAUUCUACCCGUGGACCAAAUUUCAUAACAAUCCGUCCAGUAGAUUCUGUGUAAAAGAACAACAAACAUACACACAUACAUUCGUCACAAACUUUAUUAUAUUAGUAGGAUAUUACCAGCAUCGUAUAUAAAUGAUACACAUACAGUAUAUAAGGUACAAUAUAGUAAUAUGACAGUUGCGGGCUGUAUACAAAUUUAGUGUGAUUUUGUGAAAUUAAAUUUUAUCCAUAGAAAAUUUGUCUGAUUGUGGCAAUAUAUGUAUACUUAAUCUUGUUUUGUAAUUAUACUAAUUUACAAAUAUGCAAUUAGAUAAUAAAUAUACAUACAGCUUUUUAAACAUCCCAAAAAAAAUUACCAAAUACUGAAAUAAAAAAAUAUAUAUGUAUAUUUUGACGACCUCGGUGGCGCAGUGGUAAAGUGCUUGCCACUGAACCGAGAGGUCCCGGGUUCGAUCCCCGGUCGGGUCAUGAUGGAAAAUGAUCUUUUUCUUAUUGGUCCGGGUCUUGGAUGUUUAUCUAUAUAUGUAUUUGUUAUAAAAUAUAGUAUCGUUGUGUUAGUAUCCCAUAACACAAAUCUCGAACUUACUUUGGGGCUAGCUCAAUCUGUGUGAUUUGUCCUAAUUAUAUUUAUAUUUAU